UUUAUCUAUUGGGUUUGAUAAGAGCAAUGGACCAUAUCAUUUUCCAACUCUCCGUCCAUAUAUUUCUCCGGCUAACUCCUCGGCGAUUUCUAUCUCCGACCAACUACUCGGCGACAUCACCUCCGGCCAAAUCGAGUUGGAAGUGGUGAAGUUUAAGGAAAAGCAUGGGUAGCUUAUGUGUUCUACUUUGACUAGCUUUGUUCGAAGUCUUCUCUUAAAUCCUUAAAGUUCAUAUUUUUCUUGUCUCUAUAAGUCUUUUUCGUUGUUUCCCGUGAAAAGAUUGAGAAGGACUCAUGAUCUCCAUCCAACUGCGCUUCCGUUCAUUAUCUACUCACUUACAUCAUCUUACUGGUCCUUUUUCUUCUUUCCACAUAUCUCUCUCCACUCUAUCUCAGGUAGUAACCAAAAAGUCUGCUCAAAAUGCAAACCAAGAAAAUCCUGUUCUCCUCAACUACCUAAUAAACACGUUGGGUUUUCCAAAACCUAAAGCCCUUACCAUAUCCGGUCGUUUAUCAUGGGUCAAAAGUGUUGAAAAACCUAAAUUGGCUGUACAUUUCUUCAAGUCCGUUGGAUUCACAGAUGCACAUAUUCAAUCCGCUGUUUGUACCAUCCCCCAAAUCCUUCUUGCUGAUGUUGAGAAAAUACUCAAGCCAAAGAUCCAGCUAUUACAAGAAUUGGGUAUCACUGGUUCUGAUCUGGGUAGGCUUUUGUCCACAAAGACAGUAUUAUUAACACGUAGCCUGGACAAAAUACUAAAGCCUUCCGUUGAAGUUCUCAAUAAUGUCCUUAUAAAAGGUACUGAUAAUGGUGAUUGGUUUCGGGUUUUGCUAAGGUGUGAUUGGGUUAUUUAUGGAUCUCCUCACUUGAGAUUGCUUCCUAAUAUUUCAUAUCUGCAAAGCGUUGGAAUUGUUGGGUCUCAACUAUCAUCACUCUUGAAGAGGCAACCUCAUCUUUUUGUUACCCAUGGAUCUAAGCUUAAAAAACUUGUCUCUGAACUUAUGGAUAUCGGGUUUUCUACUGAUUCAAGAAUGUUGGUGCAUGGCCUUCAUACAUUAAGUUGUAUGAGUCAAGAAUCUAUAUCGAGGAAAUUACUGUUGAUUCAGAGUUUUGGUUUCUCCAAAAGUGAGUGCAUGGUAAUGUUUAAGAGGGCACCAUGCUUAUUCCGUGGUUCAGAGAAGAAAAUAAGACUCGGACUAGAGUUCUUUUUGGAAACAGUGAAGUUAGAGAAGUCAAUUUUAGUACAGCGUCCUACUCUGUUGAUGUUUAGUAUGAAGGAAAGAGUGAUUCCGAGAUAUCAAGUUUUUCAGCUGGUAAAGUCAAAAAAGCUUAUGAAGAAAGACCCAAAAUUUUAUGAUAUGAUGUGUUUGACAGAGCAUAACUUCUUGGAGAAGUACGUAUCGAGAUUUACAGAAAAUGCAGAGGAAUUAUUGAUGGCUUACAAAGGCCAUCGUCUAGAUUUAGGAGAAGAGUAAGAGUGUUUACUGGAAAAUUUUGCUUGAAAUAUUUUCUUUCCCUGGUUUUGAUCAGGCUUAGAAAAUGCGCGGUGAAAUAGGGGCAUUCAUAUUUGUAUUUGUAUUGUUGCUUUGAUGAAAAUGAUGCUUGUGUUAUGGCAUAAGAGGCUGAAAUAGAAAAUAAAGCUAUAGAAUUAGCACAUUGAUCUUAA